UUUGUAAGUACACAGCAUAUUUAGUUUGUACCACAACUGUGAGAGAUCUACUGCUGUCUGUGUAUUCUGCAUAUUUAAUAUCUGUGUAAUUUAUAGUAUAGUACAUGGUGGUGAGUGUAACUAAAGAGGCUCUUUUCUGCACUAGACCUCCCCAGCUUGUAGGUGGAGUUGUUGUAAGUACACCCUACAAUGGCACUGUGGAUGAUGUGCGUACUCCUAGGUGUACCUCUGCUGCUGCUGUAUUUGAUUCUACGGUUUUAUUAUGGAUGGGGUAGUCUGUUUCGAGAAGAUUUUGUUCAGCCACCCAAGCCGCUUGUCCAUGACAAGAGGAGCCGAGACAAAGUACUUAAACAAGGUUUCUCCCAGGACAAGAUCCCCCCAAACCUGGAUGCGUUGGUCAUCGGCAGCGGUGUCGGAGGCCUGACAGCGGCUACUGCUCUUGCUAAGGCUGGUAAAAAGGUUCUUGUACUGGAGCAGCAUGACCAGGCUGGAGGGAGUUGUCACACUUUCCAAGAACGUGGAUUUGAGUUUGAUGUGGGACUGCACUAUGUGGGGCAGAUGCAUGAAGGAGGAAUGCUACGGGUGAUCAUGGAUCAGUUAACAGAAGGACAACUUCAAUGGAACCUCUUAGGACCUCAGUAUGACUCUAUUAAGAUAGGCCAUAAGGUCUAUCGACUGUAUUCAGGAAAAGCUGAAUUCCCCGACAUGCUGAAGAAGCAGUUCCCUGGAGAGGAGGAAGCUAUUGAGAAGUUUGUUGCCUCGAUGAAGACCGCAGUUCGCCAUGUGCCCUUGGUGGCAGUGUUGAAGAUGAUGCCUCAGUGGCUUGCCUUGCUUCUGGUGAAAUCUGGUCUUCUCCAUUGGUUCUCACCAGUAUUUCGGCUUGCAGAGUCCAGUCAUCAGGAGGUGAUCAGCAGGCUGACCAGUAAUAAGGAUCUGCAGACUAUCUUCAGCUAUCUCUUCUAUGGUGUGCCUCCAAAUGACUCCAGUUUCAUGAUUAACGCCCUCCUGAUCCACCAUUACAAAAGAGGCGCUUGGUACCCGCGGGGAGGGAGCAGCGAAAUCGCAUUUCAUAUGAUUCCCGUUAUUGAGCAUGCCGGAGGAAGAGUGCUUGUACGGGCCCCAGUCUCACGGAUCCUGCUGACCAAUGGCAGAGCUACAGGUGUGGCAAUACAGAGAAAAGAGGGAGAGGUAUGCAUUAACGCACCAAUCGUCAUAUCAGAUGCUGGCAUCUUCAACACUUACAAUCGACUCCUGCCACCGGAGAUAAAAGAAGUACCAGAGGUGGCCUCGCUCCUCUCCAGGCUCCAGCAUGGAAUGGGCUGCUUUUUAACCUUCGUUGGUCUUCGCGGGACAAGUGAGGAACUUGGGUUGCAAUCCACCAAUCUCUGGAUCUACCCCGAGAACGAUCUCAAUGGCUUGAUGGAGAAGUUCUGGUCCUUGGAGUGGGAGGAUAUCUGUGAGGAUUUACCUCUGAUGUUUAUCACAUUCCCAUCUGGCAAGGAUCCGACUUACCAGCAGAGACACCCAGGCCGCUCCUGUAUGACUCUACUGACCAUGGCUCCUUAUAAGUGGUUUUCCGAGUGGAGUGGACAGACGCCACGGCACCGCGGGGACGAAUAUCACAGCAGGAAGAUGAAGCUGGCACAACACAUGGUUGAGAGAGCCAUACAGGAAUUCCCACAGCUUGAGGGCAAGAUUGAAUACAUGGAAGCUGCAACCCCAGUAAGUAAUGAGUAUUACCUACGGGCACCUCUAGGGUCAAUGUAUGGAGCUGAACAGAAUUGUAGCCGGUACCAAUGUGACAUUAUCAGCCGGACGAGGGCACAGACCUCAGUGCCAGGACUGUAUUUAACAGGGCAAGACGUAUUUAGCAGCGGAGUGGCGGGAGCUGUACAUGGAGGAUUGAUUUGCGCCUGUGCCGUUCUGAACCGUAUCUUGUACAUCGACUUAAUGAUGCUGAAAAAGCGCAUUAAACGCCGCAAGCAACUGAGGUGCUGCUAAUAGAGACAGAAACAUUGCCAGAAAGGUUACAACUUUUCUAAGUACGCGUUUACAGACAGCUCCACCCAGAACUCAUAGUUUACCUGUUUUGUAUGGUUCUUGACAAAUGGCGUCACAUUCUGGCUUUCGGUACGUUCGGGAUCUUCACCAGAAUUCCCAGUUUCCCUGCUUUGAUACUGACAAAGUCAAUUUAGUAUGUUCCCCAAAAUUAUUUUCUGUAAUGAGCGAUAAACAAAUAGUAAGGUAAGCCAGCUGCAAGAGUGACACGUUUCUAUAGCCCUGUGGAAGGGGGCGAGACACAAAGUAUUAAUGGAAAAUCCCACAUUUCAAGAUAUGUAAGAGGCCAGCAAAUGAUUUUAGCUACUGAUAUCCAAUCAAAAAUGCAAUAUCAGUUCAGAAUGACUAAAAUUCAAAAUUGUGUCCUGCGUGGUGUUAAAAAUUUGCAAUAAAAAUAUUUGAAUCCUACA